GGCAAGGACUUUAUUCAUCAUCCAUACCCUCAGUAAUUUACAGAUGAAGAGUCUGGCCCAGGGCACCAAUAAUAAUCACUGCAUGGUGGCAGUAACUACUAUGUGCUUAGUAGCUUACAGUUCAUAAAGAGAUUUUGCAUUCAACAAAUAUUUAUUGAACUAGGAUGGAGGCUAAGACCUGGGGACAGAGUGGUUAGGGAGAACUUGAGUGCCCCAAGUUCUUUGCAUUUCCACCACUGCUUGAGGGACUCUCCAGCCUCCUCGCUACCACUUAGCCCCUGUAAAGGAGGAAGUCCCUUUGGCGAGGGAUAUGAGAUCCUGUUUGGCCAGUGAUCAUAGUCUGCCCUCCAAGGGCCCAUGAAGAUGGAAGAGACCUUGGGCAGAGUGAAGGGCAGUGCCAGGCCUGGUGCAGCUACUCCCUAUCACGUCUCUCUCCCAGGCUGCUCCAGCCUCACCUGGUGGACUCCAUGGGGACCACAGGCCUCACCUCCAUGGGCAGUCUCAAAACAUUUGCCCUCCUGUGGGCUGUCACAUACAUAGACCCAGACUUUCUUGGAGAAGGAAUUCUGAAGAAGCAAAAGCAACCAACUCAAAACCCCCACUUCCCCAAGAAGAAAACGUGGACAAGCAGAUGCAGAAGGGCAGCAGCCAAAGUCUGCGGGUUCCUGCGGGGGCCAGGGGAGGGGCGAGCCCUACAGGCAACUUGAACGGAGAGCGCUUUGAUCACCCACCAGCCCGGGAAGGCAAGCCCCAGUCAGGCGGAAGGUAGCUGGCUGCGGGGCGCGGCGACUGGCGGGCGGCGGGAGGCGCCAACCGCCACAGACGACUCCCAGCUGGCCGAGGGCGGGGAGGGGGCAGGCAGGGAAGCGGCCUGCCCUUCGUCCUGCCCCUCGCCCUACUCUCUGUCACCUCCGCUGGAAGGAGUGGAACCCAGACUUGCUGGUCUGAUCCAUGCACAAGGCGGGGCUGCUAGGCCACUGUGCCCGGGCACGGAAGUCGGUGCGGAUGGCCAGCUCCGGGAUGACCCGCCGGGACCCGCUCACAAAUAAGGUGGCCCUGGUAACGGCCUCCACCGACGGGAUCGGCUUCGCCGUCGCCCAGCGUCUGGCCCAAGACGGGGCCCACGUGGUUGUCAGCAGCCGGAAGCAGCAGAAUGUGGACCAGGCAGUGGCCACGCUGCAGGGGGAGGGGCUGAGCAUGACGGGCACCGUGUGCCAUGUGGGGAAAGUGAAGGACUGGGAGCGGCUGGUGGCCACAGUGAGCUGCAGGGAAAUGGGCACAGAGCCAGGAGGUGGAAAAGGGAGCCAGCCUGAGCCUCCUUCCCUGCUUUCCUGGACAGCAUUGGGCUUCAGUCCUUACAAUGUCAGUAAAACAGCCUUGCUGGGCCUGACCAAGACCCUGGCCAUAGAGCUGGCCCCAAGGAACAUUAGGGUGAACUGCCUAGCACCUGGACUUAUCAAGACUAGCUUCAGCAGGAUGCUCUGGAUGGACAAGGAAAAAGAGGAAAGCAUGAAAGAAACCCUGCGGAUAAGAAGGUUAGGCGAGCCAGAGGAUUCUGUUGGCAUCGUGUCUUUCCUGUGCUCUGAAGAUGCCAGCUACAUCACUGGGGAAACAGUGGUGGUGGGUGGAGGAACCCCGUCCCGCCUCUGAGGACUCGGAGACAGCCCACGGGCCAGAGUUGGGCUCUAGCUCCUGGUGCUGUUCCUGCAUUCACCCACUGGCCUUUCCCACCUCUGCUCACCUUACUGUUCACCUCAUCAAAUCAGUUCUGCCCUGUGGAAAGUCCAGCCUUCCCUGCCGUCAAGGUGGCGUCUUACUCGGGAUUCCUGCUGUUGUUGUGGCCUUGGGUAAAGGCCUCCCCUGAGAACACAGGACAGGCCUGCUGACAAGGCUGAGUCUACCUUGGCAAAGACCAAGAUAUUUUUUGCCCAGGCCACUGGGGAAUUUGAGGGGAGAUGAGAGAGAAGGAAGCUGGAGUGGAAGGAGCAGAGUUGCAAAUUAACAACUUGCAAAUGAGGUGCAAAUAAAAUGCAGAUGAUUGCGCGGCUUUGAA